AUGCUGCACCGGAAGGUACCCGAUGCCGCUGCACACCAGAUCAGGAACCUCGUCGCCGUCAAGCCCGUCGGAUCAGUCUGCCACGACCCGACAUAUAACGGAGGACUUUGCGAGAAUGUGCAUGCUAUGCAGUCGAAUUCCCUCUGGAGGUCCUCGAAGCCAGGUGCAGUUCAGAAUAUCAACUGGGAGACAUGGCCGGAAAAGAACGAAUCAUGCUAUAUCGACGGCCCUCGACAGGCUCCUUGCGGACAGGGCAGAGUCCCACUAUACUCUGCUGUCGUCCACUGCCCUCAGGAUAUCCAAAAGGCAGUUCGCUUUGCAAGCAGAUACAACCUUCGUCUGGUCAUCAAGAAUACUGGACAUGACUUCCUUGGACGAUCAACUGGGCCCGAAUCCAUGCAGAUAUUGACCCAUAAUAUGAAGGAGAUGAACUUCACUGAUAACUUCGUGCCAGAGGGUAAGCGGGAUGGUAGGGGUAUUGGUCAAGCCGUCACCAUUGGUGCUGGAGUUCAGCUGUUCGAGUUGUAUGACGCUGCUGGCAAGAGGGGAAUCACACAGGUUAUUGGCCUAUCAACCACAGUCGGGGCAGCAGGCGGGUAUAUCCAGGGUGGAGGCCACUCGCCCCUGGGGCCUUGGAAGGGGAUGUCUACCGACCAUGUUUUGGAGUACAAGGUCGUCACUGCAGAUGCGAAAUUUGUGACUGCAAAUGAAUACAAGAACCCAGAUCUGUUCUGGGCUUUGAGAGGCGGUGGUGGAGGAACGUUCGGCGUCGUUACCAGCGUCACUCUCCGGACUUUCCAGGAUGUUCCAACCAUCGCGUCACAGCUCAACAUCACCAUGGCCGGCAAGGCGAACGAAUCCUACUGGGACGCGGUCGAGAAAUUCCAAGCAUUUAUGCCAAACCUCAGUGAUGCGGGCGGUUCAGGGUAUUAUUAUCUCGUCCCUAACAUCACUCUUGGUGGUCAGAACGCUGCCGCCGUCGUCACCUCAUUCUACUUUGUCAAUAAGACCGAUAAAGCUUAUGUUGACAAACUCUACAAACCUCUGUUUGCGAGCCUGUCAGCAAUCCCGCGCAUCAACGUGGCCAACGCCAAUGUCCUGGCACCAUCCUCAACUGAAGCCUUCCGGCCUGUAUUCGGUGCUACACCACCACAAGAUGGAGGUGGCAUAAACAUCCUGGGGUCUAGGUUGUACUCCAGAAAGCUCUUCGAAACCCCAGGUGGCGCUGCAAAUCUCACAGCCGCCAUUUCCAAACUCCAGUUUAACAACCUGCAAGUUGCCAUCGGACAUCUCGUUGCUGGUGGACAGGUUGCCAAGAACAAGGAUAUCAGAAGUGCUCUCAACCCAUCUUGGAGAAAGGCGUUGGUUCACCUAGCGAUUCCCCGCGAGUGGGAUAUCAGUGCCACAUUCGCAGAGCAGGAAAGAGUCUCGACCAAGCUCACACAGGUCGAGAUACCCAUGUUAGCUGCCGUGGAGCCAGAUAUGGGCGCUUAUACCAACGAAGCCGACGUCAACGAACCAAAGUUUCAACAGACCUUCUGGGGCUCGAAUUACGGCAUGCUCCUCCGCAUCAAGAAAAAGUGGGAUCCGAGAGGUCUGUUCUUCGUUCGCGCGGGAACCGACUUGCUGCAACCGCCUCUGUCAACACAACUCGCAUACACGCCCACAGCAAUAGACAGCCUCCGAUCCAUGAGGUUCCUCUGUCCGUCCAGCUCUCUGCUCGUCCGGCCAGGGAUGAUGACGGUGACGGCGUCUGCCGCCCACUCCCGAGCUCGACUCUCGUACCUCGCCCUCUACUCAGUCCGUCGGAGCUUCUCAACUUCGGCUCGGAAGUCUACCCAGUUCCAUAGAUCCGAUUUCACCAACCAGCCAUAUACGGGCAGCUAUGAGACAGGAAUACCUACACCGGGUCCAUUGGGCUCUACACCUUCGUUCGGUGUUCCUCGGGUCACGCCCAAGGUGCUGAAGCAGCACUUGGACAACUUCGUAGUUGGACAGGACCGUGCAAAGAGGGUGCUGAGCGUUGCAGUCUACAACCAUUACCAGAGAGUCCAGGAGCUACAGAGGAGGCUGGAGGAACAUGAAGAGCUUCUCGCACAGAGAGCACGAAGGGAAUCAAUGGAGAGUCAUCCGGUAGAAGGACGAGAUCCUCUUGUUGACUCGUCCAUUAACAUGUUGGAGAAGUCCAACAUACUUUUACUAGGGCCGUCAGGCGUGGGGAAGACGUUGAUGGCAAAGACCCUUGCCCGCGUCCUCUCAGUGCCUUUUAGUAUGUCCGACUGCACGCCGUUCACCCAAGCCGGCUACAUCGGAGAAGACGCAGAUGCCGAAAGAGGCAUCAUCUGUCUUGACGAAAUCGACAAGAUCGCCACAGCGAAAGUAAGUCAUGGCAAGGACGUCAGCGGCGAAGGAGUACAGCAGGCGUUGUUGAAAAUAAUCGAGGGCACCACAAUACAAAUCCAAGCCAAACCUGAACGAAACGCUUCUCGUCCCGGGUCUGGAGGAUCACAAAAUUUCCCCGGCGGAAAUGCCUCUGGAGGAUCUUCAUAUAACCCAACUUCGGGCUCAUCUGGAAAAGCGGAAGUGUACAAUAUUCGAACAGACAACAUACUCUUCAUAUUUUCCGGGGCGUUUGUAGGUCUGCAGAAAGUUAUCAUGGAUCGUAUAUCCCGCGGGUCCAUUGGGUUUGGACAGCCACUACGGGCAUCCUCGUCUCACAACGACUCAACACAGGCGAAAAACAACGCACCUAUCCCUAUUCUCCCCGGCUCUCAGGAAGAAGCACUAUAUAAGCAACACCUCCCUUUUUUUACGCCAACACAAACACCUACAUCACCAGAUGAAGAACCCAUAUAUUUUAACCCUCUUGACCUAGCUACACCUAGCGACCUCCAAACUUACGGCUUUAUACCAGAACUGAUUGGCCGUAUUCCUAUCACAUCUGCGUUAUCCCCGUUAUCACACGCCCUUCUCCUCCGGAUUCUCACCGAGCCUCGCAAUUCAUUAGUAAAUCAAUAUACCACUCUUUUUGCCCUUUCCGGAAUAGAACUACGUUUUACCACUGCUGCUCUCCACAGGAUUGCGUCAAAUGCAUUCGCCAUGUCCACCGGAGCGCGCGCCCUACGAACAGAAAUGGAAUCCAUUUUAGCAGAUGCAAUGUUCGAAGCACCAGGAUCAAGUGUGAAAUUUGUCCUUGUUACAGAGGUCGUUGCGGCACGAAAGGAGAAAGCCGUGUAUCUUUCUCGUGGUCAAAGUGGAAAGUUCCAUGCCUUGAUCGCUGCAGAGGAAGGCGAAUGGGAAGAACAUAUGAAGAGAGAGAAAGGGGAUAGAUCGAAGGGAGGCAAGGGCGGAAACCACUCACAUAGCUUUGAGGAGUGGAGGUCACGCUCGACUGCAGGGUCAGCCGUGAGCGGAAGCUCUUAA